AUGGCUUUCUUCUUACAGUUCGCAUUGCUCUGCGUUGUCCAAACUCAAGGAGCCCCACCUGAGUUCUUUCAAGAGGAAUUUGGCAUUGACCCUAUUGAACUCGACUCAAUCCAAUCCGUCAAUAUGUCGGAAGACGCGUCCACUUCUCCUCCUCCUGGGACGAACAAAAGAUUACCCCAAAGCAUUAUUAUCGGCGUGCGAAAAGGUGGAACUAGAGCGUUGCUGGAGAUGCUCGACAUCCAUCCGGAAGUCGCAGCCGCCGCCACCGAAGUCCAUUUUUUUGACUGGGACGAGAAUUACGGCAAAGGAUUCGAGUGGUAUCGCGAUUUGAUGCCGUACUCCUACCCGGACCAGAUCACGAUCGAGAAAACGCCCGGGUAUUUCACGUCGGCUCUGGCUCCUGAACGCAUCUCUGCCAUGAACUCGUCCAUAAAGCUUCUGCUGAUUCUGCGAGAUCCGACCGAGCGAGUGAUUUCCGACUACACGCAAGUCUACUUCAACCGUUUGGAGAAUCACAAGCCAGUGCAAGCGAUUGAGAACUUGCUUGUCCGGAACGGCGUCUUGAACAUGCGAUACAAAGCCAUCCAACGCAGCCUCUACGACGUCCAUAUGCGGAACUGGCUACGGCACUUCCCCUUAGAUCAAAUCCAUAUCGUGGACGGGGACGCGCUCAUUCGGGACCCUUUGCCGGAGCUGCAGAAAGUGGAGGACUUCUUAAACCUACCGCCAAGGAUAGUAUCGUCCAAUUUCUACUUCAACCAGACGAAAGGGUUUUACUGCAUCCGAAGUGACGGACGAGAACGCUGUCUCCACGAGUCGAAGGGACGUCCGCACCCGAUGGUGAACAACUCGGUCCUGCAGCAGCUGAGGGCGUUUCUAAGGGAGCAUAACAGGACCUUUUUCAGGCUUGUCAGGCGCACCUUCAACUGGCAAUAA